AUGCUAGAAAGGCUGGAGAAGGGAGCAUGGAGCCCUGGCCACCCCAGAGUGGCACUCAGCGGAGCCGUGGGCGCGGCCCCAGGCUCGGUGCGGCUCCAGACCUCAGCUGGCUCUCGGCUGUCGGCCAGUGUGGCCCAGCUCACAGGGACCCCCCUCACCUCUGGACUGGGGGGCGAGGCCCAGCGUGCACGGGGCCUGGAGCCACAGCAGGAGGCCACACAGCACGAGGCUGGUGCCCGAGAUGGCCCUCAUGGUUCUGGCAGCGAGGGCGGCAGCCGGCACAGUGUGGUGUCAGACCUGUGUGUCACAGGAGACCACGACUGUGAGCAGGUGUGCCUCAGCUCCCCGGGCUCCUACACCUGCGCCUGUCGGGAGGGCUUCGCCUUGAACAGUGAUGGCAAGACCUGCAACGUAUGCAACGGCCGUGGUGGCAGUUCGGCCACUGACUUGGUCUUUCUCAUCGAUGGAUCCAAAAGCGUGCGGCCGGAGAAUUUUGAGCUGGUGAAGAAGUUCAUCAAUCAGAUCGUGGACACGCUGGACGUGUCGGACAAACUGGCCCAAGUGGGGCUGGUGCAGUACUCCAGCUCCGUCCGCCAGGAGUUCCCGCUGGGCCGCUUCCACACGAAGAAGGACAUUAAGGCGGCUGUGCGGAACAUGUCUUACAUGGAGAAGGGCACCAUGACCGGGGCUGCCCUGAAGUACCUCAUUGACAAUUCCUUCACCGUGUCCAGCGGGGCGAGGCCCGGUGCCCAGAAGGUGGGCAUCGUCUUCACUGACGGCCGGAGCCAGGACUACAUUAAUGAUGCUGCCAAGAAGGCCAAGGACCUUGGCUUUAAGAUGUUUGCUGUGGGUGUGGGCAAUGCCGUGGAGGACGAGCUGAGGGAAAUCGCCUCAGAGCCCGUGGCCGAACACUACUUCUACACGGCUGACUUCAAGACCAUCGACCAGAUCGGCAAGAAGUUGCAGAAGAAGAUCUGUGUGGCCACCUGCAGCUCCGGGUCCUUCGUUCCCCUGAGCACCAAGCGCGACACAGGGGACAUGAGAAGAGGGAUGUUGAUGAGGCUGCAGCUGGGGCUGCUGCUUCUGGCGCUGCUCCUGCCCCAGGAGGUUUCUUCCCAGGGAACCACCGCGGCGGCGGCGGCGGCCGCCGCCACCACCACCAAGGCCUCAGCCACGGCCGCUACCACCAAGUCAGGCGUGUGCGCCCUCCAGUCUACGGUCAGCGUUGUGCUGGUGUCGCUCUUCCUUCUUCUCCACCUCCACUGUUGA